UGCGGAAAGGGUCAAGUCGCGCGUCCCGAGAGCCCGAGCUCAGAACGGUCGCCAGGCGGAACCGCUCCGGGAGGGCGGAAGCGGGGGGCAGGACGGUGUCGUGUGGCGGAAGAGGCCCGAGGAUUUCCGAAGCGAGCGGAAGCGGCGCUGCCGGGGUCGGGACGAGCCGCAGGCAUGGCCGAGGCGUCCUCGGAGCGGGAGGCGGAGGCCGAGGCGCUGGCCGCGGCGCGCGAGCGGAGCCGCCUCUUCCUGAGCGGCCUGGAGCUGGUGCAGCAGGGCGCCGAGGCGCGCGUCUUCCGCGGCCGCUUCCAGGGCCGCGCGGCCGUGGUGAAGCACCGCUUCCCCAAGAGCUACCGGCACCCGGCGCUGGAGGCGCGGCUCGGCCGGCGGAGGACGGUGCAGGAGGCGCGCGCGCUGCUCCGCUGCCGCCGCGCGGGAAUAGCUGCUCCGGUUGUCUUCUUCGUGGACUAUGCUUCUAACUGCUUGUAUAUGGAAGAAAUCGAAGACUCGGUGACUGUUCGCGAUUAUAUUCAGUCCACUAUGGAGACUGAGAAAGACCCCCAGUGCCUCAUGGGCUUGGCCAGGAGAAUCGGGCAGGUUCUGGCUAGAAUGCACGAUGAAGACCUCAUUCACGGGGACCUCACCACCUCCAACAUGCUCCUGAAACGGCCCCUGGAGCAGCUGCACAUUGUGCUCAUCGACUUCGGGCUGAGUUUUGUUUCGGGACUGCCGGAAGAUAAAGGCGUCGACCUCUAUGUCCUAGAGAAGGCCUUCCUCAGCACCCACCCCCACACUGAGACUGUGUUUGAAGCCUUUCUGAAGAGCUACGGUGCGUCCUCCAAGAAGUCCAGUCCAGUGCUGAAGAAGUUAGAUGAGGUGCGCCUGAGAGGGAGAAAGCGGUCCAUGGUCGGGUAGCUGUAAUGACUGGCUCCCAGGGAGAACGCUGUGGACGAGGCUGGACCACAGGCUGUGGGUCUCACAGGGAGAACGCUGUGGAUGAGGCUGGACCACAGGCUGUGGGUCUCACAGGGAGAACACUGUGGAUGAGGCUGGACCGCAGGCUGUGGGUCUCACAGGGAGAACAUGUGGACGAGGCUGGACCUCAGGCUGUGGGUCUCACAGUGAGAACAUGUGGACGAGGCUGGACCUCAGGCUGUGGGUCUCACAGUACAAAUGCUGUGUAUGAGGUUGGACCACAGGCUGGGGGGUCUCACAAUGAGAACGCUGUGGACGAGGCUGGACCUCAGGCUGUGGGGUUGUGUUAAGUGGCCUGUGCACCGUCACCUGUGGUUCACUGUUCUCAGGAGCUUAGUGUACAUAAGGCCUGUUCUAGGCAGAACUGAGUGAGUAGCCCAGGCUGGCCUUAAAUUCAUGGCAGUCCUCCUACCUCAGCUUGCUGGGAUUGGAGAUUAUAAGCCACCAUGCCUGGCUUUCCACUGGUUCUGUAAGAAAUGAAACAUCAGCUAUGACUAUA